AUGGAAAUGGAGUCUCAAAGCGGCGAGAAACCGGCCGGCGGCGUCUUUGGCCGUGCAUGGCGGCGGGUUAAGGCCUUGCCGGAGGGUUUGUUUGCCAAGGUGGUUGAUAUUGCUAGGCAAACGAGGGAUGUUGCGACAGAUGAUCCUAGGAGAGUUGUGCACUCCUUAAAAGCUGGUCUUGCACUCACUUUGGUCUCCUUGUUGUAUUACCUUCACCCACUUUACCAUAACUUUGGUGUUUCCACAAUGUGGGCUGUCAUGACCGUCGUCGUUGUCUUCGAAUUUACUGUUGGUGCAACACUUGGAAAGGGUUUGAAUAGGGCACUUGCAACAUUGCUAGCUUGUGCUCUAGGGGUUGGAGCACACUAUUUGGCUAGUACAACUGGGAAAAUCUGUGAACCACUUUUGCUUGGGUUCUUUGUAUUUGUCCAAGCUGUGGCAUCAACCUUCAUAAGAUUUUUCCCAGCAGUGAAGGCCAGAUAUGACUAUGGAUUGCUCAUCUUCAUCCUCACAUUCUGCCUGGUUUCCAUUUCCGGUUUCCGAACUCAUGAAAUCUUGGAACUGGCUCACAAGAGGUUUUCCACCAUAGCCAUUGGAGCUUCUGUUUGUGUCAUUGUCUCCAUUUUUGUUUGCCCUGUCUGGGCUGGGGAAGAUCUUCACCGUCUAGUAGCUUCAAACUUGGAGAUUCUUGGCAAUUUCUUGGAAGGAUUUGGAGCUGAGUAUUUUAAAUCAUCAUCAGAAGAGGAAGAGUCGUCCAAGGAGGCUAAAUCUUCCAUGGUUAGCUAUAAAAGUGUUCUCAACUCUAAAACCACUGAAGAAGCUCUGGCGAAUUUUGCAAGAUGGGAACCUGGGCAUGGGCGGUUCAAGUUCAGGCAUCCAUGGAAACAAUACUUGAAAGUGGGAACACUUACUAGGCAGUGUGCCUGCAGGGUUGAAGCCCUCAAUGGCUAUCUCAACUCCAAAAUUCAAGGUCCGGGGGAGAUGAGGAGAAUAAUGAAGGGAACAUGCACGAAGAUGAGCAUGGAAUCCGGCAAGGCCCUGCAAGAGCUAGCAUCGUCGGUGAGAAACAUGAACAAUCCUUCCUCGGCCAAGAAACACAUGGCGAACUCGAAAACCGCCGCCAAGAACCUUAAACUGCUCCUCAGCUCCAGCUUCUGGGAAGACGUGGACCUGCUGCAGGUCAUUCCCGUGGCGGCGGUCGCCUCAAUCCUCACGGAGAUUGUCGUCUGCGUCGAGAACAUAGCGGAGAGUGUGAGCGAGCUGGCGGCGGCGGCGCAGUUUAAGGAUAAUGCCGAGUCGGCGCCGGCGCACUUUAAGGAUAAUGCCGAGUCGCCGCCGGAGAGUAGUAGUAGUGCUUCCGGUUCCGACCAUGUUGUUAUUGCGGUCGGGGAGAUGGCGGCUCCGGCAGCUGAGGGUAACCAAAGCAGGUGUUUGUAAAUUGUACAAAGGUUUGGACUGAUUUAUAAAUACUUGGAAUUCUGAUCUAUAUUGGCCUGGGGCGUUUUGUUCAUGGUUUUGGGUUUGCAAAAUAAAUUUCAAAAAAUUUUGGGGAGAAUGCCCAAUGAGAAUAUUUGAUAGAAAGGAAUUGGAGAAAGGAAUUGGAGAAUAGUUGGUGGUCAACUUAAGCCAUGGCAGUCCGGGAAGCGCUGAGUUGGCUCAAAGGAAGAAAUGAAGAAUUUGUGGAAGUUGAGACGGAUUGCCUGCAGCUUGUUCAAGCUCUAGAAAACAACAAUGGGGAUGCCUCUUUUAAUCUCCUUGUUUAUGAUAUUAAGGAAUUAAUGUUGAAGUUUAAUCAUAUUUCCUUAGUUUUUGUUAGACGAUCUGCGAAUCAGAUUGCCCAUUGCCUAGCUAGGGAGUCUGUUUCUUACUCUGAUUGUAAGGAGUGGAGUUUGUUCCCUCCAUCUUUUAUCUGUAAUGCUCUGCGUUUGGAUAUUGAUCUAAUUUAAGUCUGUUUUCUCAAAAAAAA